AUGAAGCUCUCGAUUAUCUUGCACGCGGCAGCCACGAGCCUAGUCCAAGCAGCUGCCCAGGAUUACAUACGUGUCACGUCUGCUCUUACGGACUACGGCAUCGAUGAGAUGCAAUGGAUCUUGAAACCGGCAUUCGGCGAGCCUCUCCUGAUCAAUGGGACCCUCCAAGAGAUCGAGGACCAUCUUGAGGGGAGUGAAAUCUUGCAGCUUCCUCCACGGCCUCGAGCCGAGCGGUCUGCGGCGCAUGAUCAACGAUACAACAUCGGCAGAGAAGUCAAUACUGUUAAAUUUUGCGGCGUCUUCCCCAUGGCCGACGCGCAUCAUAUCGCAGCUCUAGUCCCUGCCAUCGGAGUCAUCUCGGGGCCCGCGGUCAUCGGUCCAGGGCCUGGCAACUGUGCCCAGGUCAGUUGUGCUCAGAACUCCGCGAUAUGGUGGUGCAACGACCGGAACAUCACGAUAAAGCUUCCUCAGGGUACUCAGGAGCUUGGCGACGCAGUGGAGGCAAUCAUCGAUCAGUGCUGCAAGACGACGAAUUGUCAAUCAUCCCCAAACUAUCCCAUCUCUGGACAAGCGUUUUCAGAUGAAGGAUGGAAUGUCUUGAUGAGAGGAGAGAGCUGCUGA